AUGUCAUCCAUUCCAACACCAACUACGCCUACCGCGCAUGACGCAGGUGAACAUGAAAUCAACGAAAUAAAUGAGGACGAGCUAUUGCAAUUAGAUUUGAAUCCAGAUUUGGAUGAUGUGGAAGACGUAAUAAUGGAGGAAGAUAAUGAAGGAUCGGUACCUCCGACCCUGAAACGCACAUUCAUCGAUAACGAGAAGCAAAACCCGGAAUUCGAUGAUCUGGAAGAUUUUAAGCCUGUUUUGGACAUCAGGUCUCCGUUUGAAUCUCACGUCGAUUUACCACAGUUAUCACGCACCCAAGAAAAUGGCCCAAAUUCAAAUGCGAGAAGAUUAUCUUUAUCCCAGCAAUCUAAAUUCGUAUCUUACAUAGACGAAAGACUAUUGCAAAUUCAGAGAAAAUUCGUCCAAAGUAGAGGUUUGAAUAAAGAGCAAGGGUAUGAAAGUCUUUCACAAGUCCUUCUCGACUUCAAGAAAUUGAUCGAUUUAAUCUGGUAUUCAGUCGAUGGCGUCAGCAACACUGACGCUAUUUUACAAUUAAACUUGGAUGACACUGCUCUUUACCAAAAAUAUCAAGGUUCUGAGUCAACCGAUUUUGGUCAGUCAUAUUAUCUAAUCAGAAUUUCAGACGAUCUUCUAGAUUAUUUGGAUAAAUUUCCAUUAACCGAGCAAGAUGAAUUUGAUGAUGAUAACGAGACCAAUGGUCGUUUUGAUAAUGGUUUUUCAAGUAAUAUAGGCCAAUCCAUGAAGCCUGAAACGUUUAAUGCAGAUUCACCCCGUACCCAUGGAUCUUUAAGAAAGCUAUUUAAAUUAUUGUCUAUAUUAGACUUUAUUUUUGCUAGAUUAAUUGACGGGAAAGUUCCGGGGAACUUUAGAAUAAGUGGAACAGAAAUUGUUAGAUUAAUUGGAAUAGCUGAGAGGACCAGAAUAUUACUACCGAAAUUAAUGGAAAAGAAUGACAUUCAUGGCUAUCACUAUGAAAUUUCAAGGGUGUAUCAAGAAACCUUAGAGAGAGGUACAUAG